CCGGUCGGGCCGCCACGUGCAUCUAUCUGCAUCUCUUCUUCCCCUUCCCCUCUCCAUCUCAUCUCCAUCUCCAUCUUCAUCCCCAGUCUCCAUAAUGCACUCUCUCUCCCCAUGCAUUCAAAACCCCAUACAUUCCAAAUCCAAUCCCCAACUCCCACCGCUUGACUCACCUCCUCAUCGCUCAUGCAAACCAAGCGCAAUGCAGAACUCGUCCAGCAGAUCAAUCUGAUACGUCGUUGCCCACGGCCAGACGGGUCAGACGAGCCACAUGGGCGAUUCCGGAUAUUGCAAUGAUCGCGCGCCCCUCGUCCAACGCCCAUGCAGCACCACGUUGCGAACCAAGGUUCCCCACGCCGCAGCUGAGCACCGCGAUAUAUGUGUUCCUCUCUUAUUCGAUGCUGCCUCCGGGCCCUCUCACUGCAUCGCGUUGGCACGACCCUCGAUGCAGUCAUCGUUCAGCCGCACCUCCCUCCUCUUCCCUUCUCAGGCCAUCAAUCAUCGCUCACCCCGCAAAUCCUCUCUCUACGAUCCGUACAAUCCACUCCUGUCAUCCUCAGGUGGACACGAGACCCUCGAUACAACAGCGGGACGGCCGCUGCCGUGCAAAUCGCACCACUCGACUGAAUCACAACCCCGAUGGCGCCAUUCCCGUCCCACUCCUUGCUUCCUCGUCUCGAGCUGCGAGAAACAUGCAUCGUUUGCAUGUUGUUCAACCCCUUUUCUUUCGUUUUUGGAUGGUUGCUUGUACAGUACGCUGUGCUCCAAUGCCCAUUCCCAGGACCAGCAAAGCAGAACCAUCUCUCCUCUCUCCUCUCUCCUCUUCUCUUCCUCACCAAUUCUUCACCUGCACACCGUGCGAUAUCCUGUAUUCUGUACAGUACCCUUCCGGGAACUGAUCGCGAGAAUAGUCUGCAGGAUCGGCCAUCUGGGAUGAAAGUUGAUUCUCUGUCAUGUCACACGGUCUUGUCGUCUGCAGUGCAGAAUUUUCUGUGGUACCUAACUACCUGGCUAGUUGGCAGGUAGGUAGGUAGUUCAUAGAUAUCGUACUCUUACCCUUCGUCGCACAAUGAUACGUGGGCACAUACAUACUAGAUGUAUAUGAAAAGAAGCGAGCAUAAAAAGGGGGGAUAGGGGAAGUCAUCACGUGGCACACCUAGACGUCUACCUACCUAUCUACCUCCUCUUAUCAUAAACUCCUCGGGUGUAUACAAGAAAGAAAGGAAGGAUAUAAGAACCGACGAGAGUUUGUGUAAGAGGGGGGGAUGGAAGGAUACUUUAGAUCCUACGAAGAG